AUGAAGUUCCAGAUCACAUCCUUCCGCGCAGCGGCGCUUGUCGCCCUCAUUGCGAGCGCUGAAGCCGCCAAACAUAGCCAUGGCCACAGCCAUAACCACGAGACUCGUGAUGUUGUUUUGGAAAAGAGGAGUGGACAGUGCGAGUUCCCCUCCGAUGCUGGCCUGGUUGAGAUCACCCCACAAGAGCAAAACGCCGGUUGGGCUAUGAGCCCCGAUGAGCCCUGCAAGCCUGGCAACUACUGCCCUUAUGCUUGCCCCCCGAAACCCUUCCCCAACCGCGACUACUGUGAGUCGGCCACUGGUGUUCUCAAGGCCCACAACAAGGCUGGAAAGUCUGUCUCUUUCUGCCAGACUGUGUUGCCCGGAAAUGAGGCUAUGCUUAUCCCCACCAUGGUUGAUGAGCUGGCCGACCUGGCUGUGCCGGGCAUGUCCUACUGGUGCUCCACUGCUGCCCAGUACUACAUUAACGCCCCUGGUGUCACCGCGGAGGAAGGAUGUGUCUGGGGUACCUCCGAGAACCCCGUCGGUAACUGGUCCCCGUAUACCGCAGGCGCCAACACCGACGAGAAUGGUAACACCUUCCUGAAGAUCGGUUGGAACCCCAUCUACUUGGAACCCACCACGCCUUUCCGCAAUGUCAAGCCUGAAUUCGGUAUCGAGAUUGAGUGUGAGGGUGAUGGCUGCAACGGCCUGCCCUGCAAGAUCGACCCUGCUGUCAACAACGUCAACGAGAUGAUCGGCCAGCCCUUCACUGGCGCUGGCGGCGCCACCGGUUGCGUCGUGACCAUCCCUAAGGGUGAGACUGCACACAUUAUCGUCUUCGAGAAGGAGGGUAACGGCAGCACCUCGUCUGAGACCAUCGAGGUUUCCACCAGCACUGCUGCCUCCACUAGCAGCUCCAGCAUCAGCACCUCAACUCCCACUCCUACUCCGACCAGCACCAGCACUAGCACCACCGAGACUCCCACACCCACAUCCACACCCACCUCUACCUCCACCUCUACUCCCUCGUCGACUUCGACCUCGACUCCCACUUCGACCUCUAGCUCCACCUCUAUUGCUAGCUCCACCUCUACUACUAGCUCCACCUCUACUACCAUCUCCACCUCUACUACUAGCUCCACCUCCACUGCUAUCUCCACCUCCACUGCUAGCUCCAGCUCCACCACAACUCCUAUCAUGAGCGCCACUAGCCCCAGCGCGCGCCUACCCAACUCGAGCCUGACACUAAGCUAUACGUACCAGCCGCACGUUCUGACUGGUUCUGCUGAUAUCAAAGCGGCCUCCAUGACGUCCGCUGCCGCCGCCGCUGCGUCCCCAUCCUCCGCCACUGGCGGUGCUACCAGCGCCACUGCGUCCAUGCUGACCCUGGCAUUCGGUGCGCUUGCAGCCAUGGUCGUGAACUUCUAA